CGAUGGCACUUAGACCAAAAGAAAAGUGGUUUUUCACACUUCUGAUUACAGCUAUUUGCUACAGUGAGGGAAUUCCUAAUGGCCCCCAAAAUGGAUUUGAUGUACGUCUAGUGGAUGGUCCCAACAACUGCUCUGGGAGAGUGGAGGUGUUGUAUUCAGGCCAGUGGGGUACAGUGUGUGAUGAUGAUUGGGAUUUGAUGGAUGCAAAGGUGGUGUGCAGAGAGCUGGGCUGUGGAGAAGCUCUAGUGGCCCUGGGGGAGGCUCACUUCGGACAAGGAAGUGGGGAGAUCUGGUUAGAUGAUGUUAGCUGUACUGGGACAGAGGAGUCUCUGUUUGGGUGCAACUCUCGAAGAUUGGGGUCACACAACUGUGUACACUUUGAGGAUGCCGGGGUCAAAUGUGUGGGUCCAUCACUCCAAAAUGUCCAUUUUGAGAGAGUGCGCCUGGUUGACGGACCUAAUCUCUGCUCCGGGAGGGUGGAGGUACAUCAAGACGGGAGUUGGGCCACAGUGUGUGGCCGUAACUGGGGUUUACUUGAUGCCAAAGUAGUAUGCCGAGAGCUGAGUUGUGGACCUGCUCUGGAGGCUCAUCCUGAGGCUUUCUCUGGCAUGGGGACUGGUCCAAUCAUGGAGGUGGUGUGCAUAGGAAGUGAAAGGUCUCUACUUGAAUGCAGAUCACAAGAAAUUGGAAUAACUGACUGUAACCAUGGUGAAGCUGCCAUAUCAUGUAUGGGACUCCCAGGCAGAAACAUGAUGUCAGAUGGCCCGUUGAUCCGACUGAUGGCGGGUCCUGAUCAGUGUUCAGGAAGGGUCGAAGUGUAUCAUGCAGGCCAAUGGGGUACAGUGUGUGAUGACGACUGGGAUUUGAGGGAUGCAGAUGUGGUCUGCAGACAGCUAAACUGUGGGUUUGCAAGGGAAGCCCCUAAACAGGCAUGGUUUGGAAUGGGAAUUGGUAUUCCCAUUCUGCUAGACAACAUGGGUUGUGUUGGUGGAGAGGAUUCCAUCUUUGACUGCCAGUCCGAACCUGUAGGUCAGCACAACUGCAUGCACCAUGAAGAUGCAGGUGUUGUUUGUUCAGCUGGAUCUUCCAUCCGUUUGUCUGAUGGUCACAACAACUGCUCUGGGAGAGUGGAGGUGUUGUACUCAGGCCAGUGGGGUUCAGUGUGUGAUGAUGGCUGGGAUCUGCGGGAUGCCCAAGUGGUGUGCAGAGAGCUGGGCUGUGGAGAAGCUCUAGAAGCCCUUGGCCAAGCCAGGUUUGGUCAAGGUUCUGGACGUAUCAUUCUGGAUGACAUGCUUUGCAUUGGUACUGAGGAAUCACUCCAGGACUGCAGUGGAAGUGAACCAGGAGUGCAUAACUGUUUCCAUAGUGAGGAUGCAGGGGUUAUAUGUACAGAUACUUCCUUUGGCACCAGAGUGCGCGUGGUCAACGGCCACAACAACUGCUCUGGGAGAGUGGAGGUUUUGUACUCAGGCCAGUGGGGUUCAGUGUGUGAUGAUGGCUGGGAUCUGCAAGAUGCCCAGGUGGUAUGCAGAGAGCUGGGCUGUGGAGAAGCUCUGGAGGUCUCUGGAAUGGCCCAGUUUGGACAGGGGACUGGCUCCAUCACACUGGAUGACCUGGCCUGCUCUGGCUCUGAAAACUCUUUGCUGCAGUGUCCCCACAACGGACUGGGGAACCAUAACUGUGGCCACCAUGAAGAUGCUGGUGUCACUUGCACUGACAGUUUACCCAGAGUGCGCCUGGUCAACGGCCCCAACAACUGCUCUGGGAGAGUGGAGGUUUUGUACUCAGGCCAGUGGGGUUCAGUGUGUGAUGAUGGCUGGGAUCUGCAAGAUGCCCAGGUGGUAUGCAGAGAGCUGGGCUGUGGAGAAGCUCUGGAGGUCUCUGGAAUGGCCCAGUUUGGACAGGGGACUGGCUCCAUCACCCUGGAUGACCUGGCAUGCUCUGGCUCUGAAGACUCUUUGCUGCAGUGUCCCCACAACGGACUGGGGAACCAUAACUGUGGCCACCAUGAAGAUGCUGGUGUCACUUGCACUGACAGUUUACCCAGAGUGCGCCUGGUCAACGGCACCAACAACUGCUCUGGGAGAGUGGAGGUGUUGUACUCAGGCCAGUGGGGUUCCGUGUGUGAUGAUGGCUGGGAUCUGCAAGAUGCCCAGGUGGUAUGCAGAGAGCUGGGCUGUGGAGAAGCUCUGGAGGUCUCUGGAAUGGCCCAGUUUGGACAGGGGACUGGCUCCAUCACCCUGGAUGACCUGGCAUGCUCUGGCUCUGAAGACUCUUUGCUGCAGUGUCCCCACAACGGGCUGGGGAACCAUAACUGUGGCCACCAUGAAGAUGCUGGUGUCACUUGCACUGACAGUUUACCCAGAGUGCGCCUGGUCAACGGCCCCAACAACUGCUCUGGGAGAGUGGAGGUUUUGUACUCAGGCCAGUGGGGUUCAGUGUGUGAUGAUGGCUGGGAUCUGCAAGAUGCCCAGGUGGUAUGCAGAGAGCUGGGCUGUGGAGAAGCUCUGGAGGUCUCUGGAAUGGCCCAGUUUGGACAGGGGACUGGCUCCAUCACACUGGAUGACCUGGCCUGCUCUGGCUCUGAAGACUCUUUGCUGCAGUGUCCCCACAACGGACUGGGGAACCAUAACUGUGGCCACCAUGAAGAUGCUGGUGUCACUUGCACUGACAGUUUACCCAGAGUGCGCCUGGUCAACGGCACCAACAACUGCUCUGGGAGAGUGGAGGUUUUGUACUCAGGCCAGUGGGGUUCAGUGUGUGAUGAUGGCUGGGAUCUGCAAGAUGCCCAGGUGGUAUGCAGAGAGCUGGGCUGUGGAGAAGCUCUGGAGGUCUCUGGAAUGGCCCAGUUUGGACAGGGGACUGGCUCCAUCACCCUGGAUGACCUGGCAUGCUCUGGCUCUGAAGACUCUUUGCUGCAGUGUCCCCACAACGGACUGGGGAACCAUAACUGUGGCCACCAUGAAGAUGCUGGUGUCACAUGCACUGACAGUUUACCCAGAGUGCGCCUGGUCAACGGCACCAACAACUGCUCUGGGAGAGUGGAGGUGCUGUACUCAGGCCAGUGGGGUUCCGUGUGUGAUGAUGGCUGGGAUCUGUGGGAUGCCCAGGUGGUAUGCAGAGAGCUGGGCUGUGGAGAAGCUCUGGAGGUCUCUGGAAUGGCCCAGUUUGGACAGGGGACUGGCUCCAUCACACUGGAUGACCUGGCCUGCUCUGGCUCUGAAGACUCUUUGCUGCAGUGUCCCCACAACGGACUGGGGAACCAUAACUGUGGCCACCAUGAAGAUGCUGGUGUCACUUGCACUGACAGUUUACCCAGAGUGCGCCUGGUCAACGGCACCAACAACUGCUCUGGGAGAGUGGAGGUGUUGUACUCAGGCCAGUGGGGUUCCGUGUGUGAUGAUGGCUGGGAUCUACUGGGUGCCACGGCAGUGUGCAGAAGGCUGGGCUGUGGAGAAGCUCUGGAAGCCCCACACCAAGCCUGGUUUGGUCAGGGUUCUGGACCUGUCUUUCUAACUGACAUGCUUUAUUAUGGUACAGAGGGAUCAUUUCAGGAACAUAGCGGAAGUGGACAUGGGGUGCAUAACUGUGACCACGAUGAGGAUGCAGGGGUCAUCUGUACAGAUGGUUCCUUUGGCACCAGAGUACGCCUGGUCAACGGCCCCAACAACUGCUCUGGGAGAGUGGAGGUUUUGUACUCAGGCCAGUGGGGUUCAGUGUGUGAUGAUGGCUGGGAUCUGCAAGAUGCCCAGGUGGUAUGCAGAGAGCUGGGCUGUGGAGAAGCUCUGGAGGUCUCUGGAAUGGCCCAGUUUGGACAGGGGACUGGCUCCAUCACCUUGGAUGACCUGGCAUGCUCUGGCUCUGAAGACUCUUUGCUGCAGUGUCCCCACAACGGGCUGGGGAACCAUAACUGUGGCCACCAUGAAGAUGCUGGUGUCACUUGCACUGACAGUUUACCCAGAGUGCGCCUGGUCAACGGCCCCAACAACUGCUCUGGGAGAGUGGAGGUUUUGUACUCAGGCCAGUGGGGUUCAGUGUGUGAUGAUGGCUGGGAUCUGCAAGAUGCCCAGGUGGUAUGCAGAGAGCUGGGCUGUGGAGAAGCUCUGGAGGUCUCUGGAAUGGCCCAGUUUGGACAGGGGACUGGCUCCAUCACACUGGAUGACCUGGCCUGCUCUGGCUCUGAAGACUCUUUGCUGCAGUGUCCCCACAACGGACUGGGGAACCAUAACUGUGGCCACCAUGAAGAUGCUGGUGUCACUUGCACUGACAGUUUACCCAGAGUGCGCCUGGUCAACGGCACCAACAACUGCUCUGGGAGAGUGGAGGUUUUGUACUCAGGCCAGUGGGGUUCAGUGUGUGAUGAUGGCUGGGAUCUGCAAGAUGCCCAGGUGGUAUGCAGAGAGCUGGGCUGUGGAGAAGCUCUGGAGGUCUCUGGAAUGGCCCAGUUUGGACAGGGGACUGGCUCCAUCACCCUGGAUGACCUGGCAUGCUCUGGCUCUGAAGACUCUUUGCUGCAGUGUCCCCACAACGGGCUGGGGAACCAUAACUGUGGCCACCAUGAAGAUGCUGGUGUCACUUGCACUGACAGUUUACCCAGAGUGCGCCUGGUCAACGGCACCAACAACUGCUCUGGGAGAGUGGAGGUGCUGUACUCAGGCCAGUGGGGUUCCGUGUGUGAUGAUGGCUGGGAUCUGUGGGAUGCCCAGGUGGUAUGCAGAGAGCUGGGCUGUGGAGAAGCUCUGGAGGUCUCUGGAAUGGCCCAGUUUGGACAGGGGACUGGCUCCAUCACACUGGAUGACCUGGCCUGCUCUGGCUCUGAAGACUCUUUGCUGCAGUGUCCCCACAACGGACUGGGGAACCAUAACUGUGGCCACCAUGAAGAUGCUGGUGUCACUUGCACUGACAGUUUACCCAGAGUGCGCCUGGUCAACGGCACCAACAACUGCUCUGGGAGAGUGGAGGUGUUGUACUCAGAGGGAUCAUUUCAGGAACAUAGUGGAAGUGGACAUGGGGUGCAUAACUGUGACCACGAUGAGGAUGCAGGGGUCAUCUGUACAGAUGGUUCCUUUGGCACCAGAGUACGCCUGGUCAACGGCCCCAACAACUGCUCUGGGAGAGUGGAGGUUUUGUACUCAGGCCAGUGGGGUUCAGUGUGUGAUGAUGGCUGGGAUCUGCAAGAUGCCCAGGUGGUAUGCAGAGAGCUGGGCUGUGGAGAAGCUCUGGAGGUCUCUGGAAUGGCCCAGUUUGGACAGGGGACUGGCUCCAUCACCCUGGAUGACCUGGCAUGCUCUGGCUCUGAAGACUCUUUGCUGCAGUGUCCCCACAACGGGCUGGGGAACCAUAACUGUGGCCACCAUGAAGAUGCUGGUGUCACAUGCACUGACAGUUUACCCAGAGUACGCCUGGUCAACGGCACCAACAACUGCUCUGGGAGAGUAGAGGUGCUGUACUCAGGCCAGUGGGGUUCUGUGUGUGAUGAUGGCUGGGAUCUGUGGGAUGCCCAGGUGGUAUGCAGAGAGCUGGGCUGUGGAGAAGCUCUGGAGGUCUCUGGAAUGGCCCAGUUUGGACAGGGGACUGGCUCCAUCACACUGGAUGACCUGGCCUGCUCUGGCUCUGAAGACUCUUUGCUGCAGUGUCCCCACAACGGACUGGGGAACCAUAACUGUGGCCACCAUGAAGAUGCUGGUGUCACUUGCACUGACAGUUUACCCAGAGUACGCCUGGUCAACGGCACCAACAACUGCUCUGGGAGAGUGGAGGUGCUGUACUCAGGCCAGUGGGGUUCAGUGUGUGAUGAUGGCUGGGAUCUACUGGGUGCCACGGCAGUGUGCAGAAGGCUGGGCUGUGGAGAAGCUCUGGAAGCCCCACACCAAGCCUGGUUUGGUCAGGGUUCUGGACCUGUCUUUCUAACUGACAUGCUUUAUUAUGGUACAGAGGGAUCAUUUCAGGAACAUAGUGGAAGUGGACAUGGGGUGCAUAACUGUGACCACGAUGAGGAUGCAGGGGUCAUCUGUACAGAUGGUUCCUUUGGCACCAGAGUACGCCUGGUCAACGGCCCCAACAACUGCUCUGGGAGAGUGGAGGUUUUGUACUCAGGCCAGUGGGGUUCAGUGUGUGAUGAUGGAUGGGAUCUGCAAGAUGCCCAGGUGGUAUGCAGAGAGCUGGGCUGUGGAGAAGCUCUGGAGGUCUCUGGAAUGGCCCAGUUUGGACAGGGGACUGGCUCCAUCACACUGGAUGACCUGGCCUGCUCUGGCUCUGAAGACUCUUUGCUGCAGUGUCCCCACAACGGACUGGGGAACCAUAACUGUGGCCACCAUGAAGAUGCUGGUGUCACUUGCACUGACAGUUUACCCAGAGUGCGCCUGGUCAACGGCACCAACAACUGCUCUGGGAGAGUGGAGGUUUUGUACUCAGGCCAGUGGGGUUCAGUGUGUGAUGAUGGCUGGGAUCUGCAAGAUGCCCAGGUGGUAUGCAGAGAGCUGGGCUGUGGAGAAGCUCUGGAGGUCUCUGGAAUGGCCCAGUUUGGACAGGGGACUGGCUCCAUCACCCUGGAUGACCUGGCAUGCUCUGGCUCUGAAGACUCUUUGCUGCAGUGUCCCCACAACGGGCUGGGGAACCAUAACUGUGGCCACCAUGAAGAUGCUGGUGUCACUUGCACUGACAGUUUACCCAGAGUGCGCCUGGUCAACGGCACCAACAACUGCUCUGGGAGAGUGGAGGUGCUGUACUCAGGCCAGUGGGGUUCCGUGUGUGAUGAUGGCUGGGAUCUGUGGGAUGCCCAGGUGGUAUGCAGAGAGCUGGGCUGUGGAGAAGCUCUGGAGGUCUCUGGAAUGGCCCAGUUUGGACAGGGGACUGGCUCCAUCACACUGGAUGACCUGGCCUGCUCUGGCUCUGAAGACUCUUUGCUGCAGUGUCCCCACAACGGACUGGGGAACCAUAACUGUGGCCACCAUGAAGAUGCUGGUGUCACUUGCACUGACAGUUUACCCAGAGUGCGCCUGGUCAACGGCACCAACAACUGCUCUGGGAGAGUGGAGGUGUUGUACUCAGAGGGAUCAUUUCAGGAACAUAGUGGAAGUGGACAUGGGGUGCAUAACUGUGACCACGAUGAGGAUGCAGGGGUCAUCUGUACAGAUGGUUCCUUUGGCACCAGAGUACGCCUGGUCAACGGCCCCAACAACUGCUCUGGGAGAGUGGAGGUUUUGUACUCAGGCCAGUGGGGUUCAGUGUGUGAUGAUGGCUGGGAUCUGCAAGAUGCCCAGGUGGUAUGCAGAGAGCUGGGCUGUGGAGAAGCUCUGGAGGUCUCUGGAAUGGCCCAGUUUGGACAGGGGACUGGCUCCAUCACCCUGGAUGACCUGGCAUGCUCUGGCUCUGAAGACUCUUUGCUGCAGUGUCCCCACAACGGGCUGGGGAACCAUAACUGUGGCCACCAUGAAGAUGCUGGUGUCACAUGCACUGACAGUUUACCCAGAGUACGCCUGGUCAACGGCACCAACAACUGCUCUGGGAGAGUAGAGGUGCUGUACUCAGGCCAGUGGGGUUCUGUGUGUGAUGAUGGCUGGGAUCUGUGGGAUGCCCAGGUGGUAUGCAGAGAGCUGGGCUGUGGAGAAGCUCUGGAGGUCUCUGGAAUGGCCCAGUUUGGACAGGGGACUGGCUCCAUCACACUGGAUGACCUGGCCUGCUCUGGCUCUGAAGACUCUUUGCUGCAGUGUCCCCACAACGGACUGGGGAACCAUAACUGUGGCCACCAUGAAGAUGCUGGUGUCACUUGCACUGACAGUUUACCCAGAGUACGCCUGGUCAACGGCACCAACAACUGCUCUGGGAGAGUGGAGGUGCUGUACUCAGGCCAGUGGGGUUCAGUGUGUGAUGAUGGCUGGGAUCUACUGGGUGCCACGGCAGUGUGCAGAAGGCUGGGCUGUGGAGAAGCUCUGGAAGCCCCACACCAAGCCUGGUUUGGUCAGGGUUCUGGACCUGUCUUUCUAACUGACAUGCUUUAUUAUGGUACAGAGGGAUCAUUUCAGGAACAUAGUGGAAGUGGACAUGGGGUGCAUAACUGUGACCACAAUGAGGAUGCAGGGGUCAUCUGUACAGAUCACAAGUGGGUUAAUUGUUUUCAUAAAUUUUCUGGGGGUUUCAAUACAGAUGGUUCCUUUGGCACCAGAGUACGCCUGGUCAACGGCCCCAACAACUGCUCUGGGAGAGUGGAGGUUUUGUACUCAGGCCAGUGGGGUUCAGUGUGUGAUGAUGGAUGGGAUCUGCAAGAUGCCCAGGUGGUAUGCAGAGAGCUGGGCUGUGGAGAAGCUCUGGAGGUCUCUGGAAUGGCCCAGUUUGGACAGGGGACUGGCUCCAUCACCCUGGAUGACCUGGCAUGCUCUGGCUCUGAAGACUCUUUGCUGCAGUGUCCCCACAACGGACUGGGGCACCAUAACUGUGGCCACCAUGAAGAUGCUGGUGUCACAUGCACUGACAGUUUACCCAGAGUGCGCCUGGUCAACGGCACCAACAACUGCUCUGGGAGAGUGGAGGUGUUGUACUCAGGCCAGUGGGGUUCCGUGUGUGAUGAUGGCUGGGAUCUACUGGGUGCCACGGCAGUGUGCAGAAGGCUGGGCUGUGGAGAAGCUCUGGAAGCCCCACACCAAGCCUGGUUUGGUCAGGGUUCUGGACCUGUCUUUCUAACUGACAUGCUUUAUUAUGGUACAGAGGGAUCAUUUCAGGAUUAUAGUGGAAGUGGACAUGGGGUGCAUAACUGUGACCACGAUGAGGAUGCAGGGGUCAUCUGUACAGAUCACAAGUGGGUUAAUUGUUUUCAUAAAUUUUCUGGGGGUUUCAAUACAGAUGGUUCCUUUGGCACCAGAGUACGCCUGGUCAACGGCCCCAACAACUGCUCUGGGAGAGUGGAGGUUUUGUACUCAGGCCAGUGGGGUUCAGUGUGUGAUGAUGGCUGGGAUCUGCAAGAUGCCCAGGUGGUAUGCAGAGAGCUGGGCUGUGGAGAAGCUCUGGAGGUCUCUGGAAUGGCCCAGUUUGGACAGGGGACUGGCUCCAUCACCCUGGAUGACCUGGCAUGCUCUGGCUCUGAAGACUCUUUGCUGCAGUGUCCCCACAACGGGCUGGGGAACCAUAACUGUGGCCACCAUGAAGAUGCUGGAGUCACCUGCAGUGUUUAAUAAUAGUAUUUUAAAAUCCUUUAGAUCAUUUAAGUUUACAAUGAUGAGUCACACUACUGAAAAAGGCAAUUCAUUUGAGAAAGCAUGUACUUUCCUGACAAUGACACCCUGUUAAGAUCCAUAUCCUGACUAUAUAGGUGUUUUUUGAUUGCAUUACCACACCUCCUGUAUUCACCCUUUUCUUAACUUGUAUUUGAGGGCAAUAGUCUCUGUUUUAGUACAAGAAUAUGAAUUUGAAUGCCUUGUCUUUGAAUAAAAAUUAAAUAGCA